GAAUACCUGUAACCUUUGAGAUACCGGGGCAUUUAUGUUCGAAGUUAACAACAAUUUUCGAUUAAUACAUCUGGUUAAUCGUAGCAACAUCUUUUUAUUUAUAUCAUUUAUUCUUAACGUUCAAUUGUAUGUUUCGCUAAAAAAAAACUAUUUAAAAGCUCCUACGUAAAAUAGUAAUAUAAUUUUGUAAUUUCUUCGAAAACAGCAUUUACCAGUAAGAAGAACAGUGCCCCCUCCAAGCACUUUCUGGCUUACGCAUUGACCAUGUGCAAGGAUCGGCUCAGAAAACAGUUCACUGAAGAAGCUGUUAUUCAAUGUUUAGGCGUGUACACACGAUUACAAUUAAUGAAUGAAUAAAAAGCUAAUGUACUAUUGUAUUUAACAAUAUCAAAACAAUUCAAUAUUUUUAUGUUAAUAUAAUUAAUUAUUUCAGUCAGUUAAGUUUGGGUUAGAUUUAAUUAAAAAGAAACCUAAGAAUACUUCAUAUUAAACAUUAUACGACAUGUGAUUGUGGGGUGAUACUAAAAUGAUAAAACACUUUUUUGCAAAAUUUUAUAUCUCAAUUUUCCCAUAGCCAAAACUCCCUCUCGUAGACGUAUCUUAAAUCUGUGAUCUAAAUCACAAUUCAAACGCUGCAAAUAAUAUGUAAAUACUUAUGUCUGCAAGUUCGCAUGUUGGUAUUUAAAAAAAAUCUAUAAAAUAUUAAAAAUAUACAUUCAUAAGCAGAGAAUGUAUCAAUAUUGAAUUAUUUAUUGUAACCUUCUUCUGAUGCAGUAAAAAAGCAUAAGUUAUUAUAAAAGAUAUGUAUGUAUAAAAAGAUAUCGUAAAACAUGCUAAACAGGCUAACUUCGUAUUUUGAAAGGGAAAGGUCUUUUAUUAUGAUAAACGAAUCAAAUGGAAUGAAAUGACUUCGGCAGACAAAGUGUAGCAUCAUAAUGUACGAUAUAGUCUUGACAUUUGAACCCUUUUAGAUUUGGGCAUCUGCCAUCAAAUAAGAAUCGACCAGCUUCAAUAUUUAACAUUCACGAUGUUACGGAUUCUUUAGCGGAGCAGUUUGCCGCCAACAAGCUUCGAGCACGCAUCUGUGCUCAUGCUGAGGAAAAUAUUGUUUACAAGUGCCAUUACAAUAUUUACAUGUGUUCAAAUAAUUAGUUGUACAGUGCAUUUUGCAAGUUGUGAACUUAUCAGCAAUUAGUAAAGCUAUUUAUAUAAAAAUAUAAAAACUUUCGUUAUAUAUAGAUAUAACGUUUAUAGAUGUUAAACUAGUAUGCUUAACAAAUACCGAUACAGUUUAAUGAAAAAAUUUUAAGACUGCCGUUUAAAAAUUUUAUUCUCGUCUUACAAACAGUAUGCUACUGUAAUUUCAAACUUACAUUAAAAUAUCGAAACUAGUCGACUGCAUCCUCGAAGAGCAUUCCGUGACCAUCAGACGAUCUGUUAGACAAUGAUGACGCUUCGCCCGCGUGUCAUUAACAGCAUUGACUUCACUACCAUGAAUACAACCAUGCUUACUGCAGCCAUAGAUUAAUUCAAAAUUUUAUUAUAAAAAAUAAAUAAUUUAAAAAUCUUUACAAUAUUAUAUGUAUGAAAUUUCAUUAAAUACUUAUUGUUAGUAUUUCGAAGCUGCUGAGCCAUAUGAUGGAUUUCAAAUCAGUGAGCCCUUCAUUGACCAGAACAUUGUGCAUAUUAUUCAUCUAAUCCAACAUUUUUUAUUCAAUUAAUUUAAUAUUUUAUUGCAUGGCAUUUUGACUAUAUUAUAGAAAAGGUUCCAAGAGAAAAGUUUGUAUUAACAAUGAAAAAAAAGAAACUAUUAUUCUUACGUCAAAGUUACUUUGGUCUGGAAUAAAUAUUCAUUGUAAACCUGAUAAGUAUUGCUUGAAGGAAGGAUGACCGUAAUAUACCAAUAUCAAGUUGCAAAUUCCACAAGGGGUGGAUUCACCCGGCUCCUUUUUAUGUGGAGAGGUUCUCUUUACAAGCUUAUCUAUAGGGAACUUCUACUAUUUUUAUUUCUUUUUGCUGCACUUUCUGCUAUUUAUCGAUACCUACUUAAUGCUGUGCAGAAAAAAGAAUUCGAACAAAUUGUUAUUUAUUGUGAUAAUUUCAUUAAUUUAAUUCCAUUAAGUUUCGUUCUUGGAUUCUAUGUAUCAUACGUUGCUCAGAGAUGGUGGCAACAAUAUCAAGCUAUACCUUGGCCAGAUAAAGUAAUGCAUUCAAUUGCAUUAUAUGUUGUGGGAAACGACGAGUACAGUCGUAUACUCCGAAGAACACUGAUGCGUUAUUUAAAUCUUUCUUUAAUACUUGUUUUAAGAUCGAUUAGUUCUUCAGUGAAAAAACGGUUUCCAACGCACGAUCAUGUUGUUGAUUCUGGAUUUAUGACAACACUAGAAUUGGAAUUAUUUCUUGCAGUACCAAGUUUAGAAUUCAAUACAUAUUGGAUCCCUUGUACAUGGUUUAUUAAUCUUCUAAAAGAAGCACGUGAAAAUCAAAGAAUUCUUGAUCCUCAAGGAAUAAAAUUAAUUAUGGAGGAAUUUAAUGAAUUUCGUACAAAAUGUGGUCUCCUGUGGAGUUACGAUUGGAUAUCUAUUCCAUUAGUUUAUACACAAGUAGUAACAUUAGCAACUUAUAGUUUCUUUGGUGUUGCAUUACUCGCUCGUCAAUACAUUGAAGGUAAAGAGAAACAAUUCCAACUGCAAAUUGACGUUUACGUACCAGUUUUUACGAUUUUACAAUUUUUCUUCUUCAUGGGGUUAUUAAAGGUAGCAGAACAGUUAAUCAAUCCAUUUGGAGAAGAUGACGAAGACUUUGAGUUGAAUUGGAUAAUUGAUCGCCAUACAAAAGUAUCAUAUCUUGGAGUAGAUACUCUAAUGAAUCGAUGUCCACCAUUAGUCAAAGAUAUUUACUUUGACGCUGAGAAUCUAAUUCUGCCAUACACAGAAGCGGCGGCUGUUCAUAAAAAGAAAACAUACCGUGGUAGUGUUGCUAACAUGACAGUUCCAGAAGAAAAGCAAACAAUGUUUUUACCAAAUGUUAUAGAGGAAGACGAAGAAGAAAUGAGAACGUCAUUAUAUACAUCAAAUAUGAGUUUAACCAUUCAUGGUAAUGAUAGUCCGACGUGUGAAAGACGCCAGAUCAACUUGUAUCCUGAAACACCUACAACGGUUGAUCAAAGUCACUCUGAAACAAUUUUACAAUUUGAUAUUCGAGAACCAUCGUCGUGUGUUACUCAAACAGAACAACGAUCAAAAACGAUAACAGAAACUGGGAGAAGAUUUCCAACAAAAUAUUCAUCAUUACGGAUCGAUCAAAAUCGGAAACCAUUCUUUGCACUAACAAAAAGUCCCAAGAUUAUUUUACAGUCUUCAGCAAGCACAUCCAACUUAUCACGUCCUACAAGACAAAUCAUAGAUACACCCACAGUAUACAAUAGUAGUAUCAACCCAUGGAAAGAAUAUAUUUCAAAAGACUGUAGAAAAUCCAUGUUAGAGGUAACUCCAGAUCAAUCCCCAGAAGUGAUGGGUAGUCAAUUACAACUGCCACAAGUAAACUUACCGUUGAAAGCGAAACGCCCUCGACAUAUGGUGAGAAGACACAAAUCUAUAGAAGUUCCCUCAAAAAAAGGUAUUCAAUGGACACGAGUUGUGAAAACGCGACCGCAAAAAACUACGCCUGAUGAUGCAUCACCUGUUGAAGAAAUAUUGCUUGAAACAAGGAGCUCUCCUAAUUUAAAACAUUUAGGUGAUGAUUCAUAGGAACCAACGAACGAUACACAUGUUGAUGAACCAACUUCCUCUGACAAAGGAAAGUGAGUCUAAAAAUUUAAAAUAUGUAAAUGUGAUACUAUUUUUAAAGUUAAAUCGAUGUAAGGAAACAUAUAAAGAAUAUAAAUUAUUUUUUCUUAUUUAGCAAAGAUAUAAAUUCAUGAAUGUUUUUAACAUUAAUUAAAUUACAUGUUUUUUAAAUUAUUCGAAACUAUACAGCGACGUCAAUGCAAAAUUACAUUAAUAUUGAAUACAUGGCAACAUAAAUUCUAUAAAUGGUUAUUUAAAAAAGGAUACGUAUUUAGAAGCAAUUCUGUACUUACCUUAAAUUAUUUAGUCUUCACCUACAUAUUUGUUUUCAUCAUUUUUUAAAAGUAAAAUAAAAAGUACUCUGGUAUCUCUAAAAAAAGACAUUUUUAAUCGAUUUUCCGCACACGUUAUUAUCUUACAUAUUUGGAUAAAUUGUAUAAUAGGGAUUCUUAAAUUGUUUCGCAUUAACCGUAUAAACAUUUGGGUCCUCCAUCGCAAAUGGUUGAAUAAUAUUCGGUCCCAGACUUUUUUGAUUAUGCACAUUCGCGAUCAUGUAUUGCGGCGUAGGCGUAGGUUGUCCAACAGUAGCAUCUUCCACCAGCUUUCUUUGCGAGUAGAUCAAAACUUGUGACACAUUUACAUCCUGUUCUGGUCCAGUAUUUUCCACAGAAACUGUAAACGCAGUAGUAGAUAGUUGUUUCGCCUUACAUUUUUUUCUGUGUGCAUAUAAGGAACCGGCAUUAUUAUAUCUCUUUGUACAAAUAUUGCAUGCAUAUGGUCGUUGACCAGUAUGCGUAUAUGUGUGUUCAUUUAACGAGGUCAGUCUUCUAAAUGAU